AUGGCCUUACCAGUGACAACGGUCGUGCCUUUCACGGCGCUGCCGUCAUGUGCGACACUAUGCGGCCCACUCUACGAUGCAAACGGCGCCUGUGUGCCGCCGGUAGCUGCCACUACUGACGAGGAAACAUACGACACGUGCUUCUGUAGCUACAACAAAUUACAGCCGUUCUUGUCCGGCACAUCGGGUGUGUGUGACGCUGCAUGUCCAGGGGAUGCAGGUGGUCUAUCGAGCAUUCAGGGCUGGUUCACGAGUUUCUGUUCUGGUAGAGUUCAAGUGGCCACGACGACGGGCACUUCAUCAAGCAGCACGAGCACGAGUGGUAGCAACUCCAGUAAUGACUCAGGUGGCGGUGAUUGGUUGUCAACGCAUUGGAAAUGGGUCAUCAUGAUUGUCAUCGUCGUAGUCGGUAUUGCAGGAAUAUGGAUCGGAGCCUGCAUCUGGCGCCGCAAGUACCUUAAGAAGAAAGACCGGAUGUACGAGCUCGGUAAGGGUCUACCGAGCACCGUUGCCGUCAACACGGAAGGAAACCUUGUUGGACCUGGAGUGAAGAGGGGAGCUGGACAACCUGGCAUGUUCAUGUCAGGCCACACCGACGGCGCUUACACCGAGAAGCCAAAGAAGUCACGCAAGAAGUGGAACGUCUCUCAGCGAACAUGA